CAAACAUAUUAUUAAUUGAUUGAUUACAAGUACUGCAACAUAACUAUUAUAAUAAUAAUAAUAAUGAAUACAAUAUUAAAGCCGAUGUCGUCGUCGGUACGGAUGAUACGGAAAACAGUUACUGCCGUUCAUGCGGUCAACUUGUUUGGCAGCGGCGGCGGUUGUGGCAAACGAUUGGCCAGCGAUUGGCAACUGUUGGCCGCAGUAUGUCUUCAACGAUUGCCACAGAUUGUACCCGAAAUGAAUUGGUUAGAGAAGAAGAUGGACACCGUAUUGAAGACCAUUGAACUGAACAAUAGUCUAUUGAGUGACCACGAAAUGAGACAUUUUGCCGAUAUAGAGCGGGCCAAACGUAUAGCUUCGGGCGACAAAGUGGACGAAAAAGAUUUGGACGCAGCGGCCAAACAAACGGCUCAGGAUUUUGAAGAGUUUUAUGUCAAACUCUACGACCAGUUUACGAAAUCAUCGAGAAUUACCCAGGCCGAUAUGACCAGCGAUAGGAAAUCGUUGGACAGGUGUCUGGAUAAACAUCUAAUGCUUGUAUGCAAACAACGAAUCGGCCAAACAGAUCAAUGGCUACUACCGCAGGCCAUCCAUACGGAUGGCGAAACUAUGCGCGAAACGGCCGAACGAGGGCUCAAACAGUUUACGGGACAACAACAACAGGAAAUUGAUGUGAAAUUUAUGGGCAAUAGUCCGUCGGCUGUCUAUUCGUACAGAUAUCCCACUGAUGUGACCAAUCGGUUACAACUAAAAGGAGCAAAGAUUUUCAUCUACAAAGCUAUUCAUCUGAUGGGAGAGUUUGUACCGAACGAUGAAUUGUGUUUGGAUUACGAAUGGCUUAAUCGUAAAGAAUUGGAUCAAUUAUUACCAGAAAAAUAUUGGAAAACAAUAGAAAAAUCAUUACUUAUUGAAGAGUUGGACAUCAAUGACAUAAUGUCGAGAAAUAAGUCUUUUAGUAGAAUUGUUAAGAAAAGGUUUUCAGUUUCACAAUAA